AUUACCCGCUUAAUUGAAAGUAGCCUAAUUCGCGUGCUGAAGCGCACGCUUCAUAAAAUUCAUAAUUUGCUUGUAUUGUAGGUGUUUAAGUCCUACAUUAUAUCUUGUCAGGACAUCUGAACUAGAAUACAGUAGCCAAUGGUUUACAGUAGCCCAGAGAAAGAGAGAGAGAGAGAGACCGAGAGCGCGCGCGGGUGAUGCCCUCCCCUAGCCAGAUCUCCUCCACUGAGAUGGUGACGCUCCUUCAAAACUCCAGUCACACGGCGGCGGGAGCAGAUUGCUUGAGUCAUCUGAAGGUUCACAACUUUACCAGAUCUCUCAUAGCUUAUCUGCCAAUGAGCUUGAUGCCUGCACUUGUCAGUAGGUGAUCCUGUUAUAUAUAACCUUAAAGAAAAGAUAAAACGAGAAGAAGAACAAUAAAGCACCCAAUGUUUUUACACAGGGAACUGUGAAGCUCGUGUACAGUCUCUUUAUAUGUGCGCACCGCUGGUGCCAGACGCGCGUUUCCAGCCCGCGCUGGUGAUGCGAUGCCCCGCAACCACAGCGGCGAUGAGGGCGGCACUGGUCUCUGGAUGAAGACCUCGCAGCACUAUGGCAUGAAAGAUGUUGAAGCCGGUCGUGGGACGAUGAACAGCGCGACCAAGACAGUCGACAGCCUGCUGUCGGCGCCGGCCACAACAGGUGCAGGAGGCUCGGAGAACCAGAGGAGAAAGCAGGGCGCCCGGCUGAGCUUGCUGGGGAAACCGCUCGCCUACAGCGCGCAGAGCGGCCGGAGAAACGCGCGCUACAGGAAGCUCCAGAACUACCUCUACAAUGUCCUGGAGAGACCGCGAGCCUGGGCAUUCGUUUACCAUGCUUUUGUGUUCACUUUGGUGUUUGGCUGUCUGGUUCUCUCUGUGUUCUCCACCAUCCCUGCUCAUAUGGACCUCUCCAAUCACUGUCUCCUUAUACUGGAGUUUGUGAUGAUUGUUGUGUUUGGUCUGGAGUACAUCAUUCGCAUUUGGUCGGCUGGAUGCUGCUGUCGCUACAGGGGAUGGCAAGGACGACUGCGCUUUGCAAGAAAACCAUUCUGUGUCAUCGACAUUAUUGUGCUCAUUGCAUCCAUCGCAGUGGUUUCAGCUGGUAGCCAGGGCAAUAUUUUUGCCACGUCUGCACUUCGCAGUCUGCGUUUUUUGCAGAUCUUGCGCAUGGUGCGUAUGGACAGGCGAGGCGGUACCUGGAAACUGCUUGGAUCUGUUGUCUACGCUCACAGCAAGGAGCUUGUGACCGCCUGGUACAUUGGCUUCUUGGUGCUGAUCUUUUCUUCGUUCUUGGUCUACUUGGUGGAGAAAGAGUUUAACAAACAGUUCGCCACCUAUGCAGAUGCUCUUUGGUGGGGUACGAUCACACUCACCACCAUUGGAUACGGCGAUAAGACUCCACAGACCUGGACCGGGCGGCUUCUGUCUGCAGGGUUUGCUUUGGUGGGCAUCUCGUUCUUCGCUUUGCCUGCUGGUAUUCUUGGCUCUGGCUUUGCUCUGAAGGUCCAAGAGCAGCACAGACAGAAGCACUUUGAAAAGAGGAGAAACCCAGCAGCCAGCCUCAUACAGUGUGUGUGGCGUAGCUAUGCGGCUGAUGAGAACUCGGUUUCCAUUGCUACCUGGAAGCCUCAUUUGAAGGCGUUGCAUACCUGCAGCCCUACAAAGAAAGACCAGGGGGAAUCCAUCGGCAGUCAAAAGUUAAGUUUUCGGGAACGUGUGCGCAUGGCCAGUCCUCGCGGUCAGAGCAUGAAGAGCAGACAGAUGUCAGUGAAUGACCGACGCUCUCCUGCCACAGAGGUUGGGGUUGAGGGCAGCAGCCCUGCCAAGGUCCAGAAGAGCUGGAGCUUCAAUGACCGAACACGCUUCCGGCCAUCACUGAGACUCAAGAGCCAAUCGCGCACAACGGCUGAAGCUGACACAAAUCUUGGACCGGAUGAUGCUUUUGAUGAGAAGGGUUGCCAUUGUGAUGUGACUGUGGAAGAUCUAUCUGCCCCACUAAAGGCAGUGAUCAGGGCUGUCAGGAUAAUGAAAUUCCAUGUGGCCAAGAAGAAGUUUAAGGAGACGCUUCGACCGUAUGAUGUGAAAGAUGUGAUUGAGCAAUACUCUGCUGGUCACCUGGAUAUGCUAUGUCGUAUCAAGAGUCUCCAGACUAGGUUGGACACCAUUGUGGGUCCACAGACCCUGAGUAGCAAAGUCAAGACCUUUUCUUCUCCUUCCCUGCACUUGUAUUACAGCCAGGCCAAGAGGAAACACUCAGCCCCAGGACUCGCCACAGCUGUGGGUCCACAUCAGACACUCAGCACCAAAACCAGGAACCUUUCCUCUCCCUCUCUACACAUGUAUUACAGCCAAAGCAAGAAGAAGCACGCUGGGGUGGAUCAGAUACUGGGAAAGGGCCAGAUUUCAGUAGACAGGAAAGGCAGGGAGAAAAUCCUCCCAGAAGGAGAAUCCUUGGAGCAUGACAUGAGCAUGCUUGGCCGUGUAUGUAAAGUAGAGAGACAAGUACAGUCCAUUGAGUCAAAGCUGGACUCAUUACUGGAUAUAUACCGGCAAGUGUUGCAAAAAGGCUCCUCUUCGAUGCUUGGUCUGUCUGCUUUGCCCUUGUUCGAGCUGGAUCAAACCUCCGACUACCAAAGCUCCAUCCAUAGCAAGGAUUUGUCAUCCUCCUCCCAGCUUACUGGCAGCAGCAUGUCUCGUUCAGGCAGCAGUAACCUGCACCGUGGUCUUCAUCUGGCUCUGGCCCCUAGUGAACUCAACUUGGGUACUGGUUACCCACAUUCUGCCUCCUCCUUCUCAACUUCCCCUCUCCUAAACAACCAACCCUCCAGCCCUGACAGUUUCUACCCAGCGUCCCCUCCUCCCAUUCUCACCCCCAACAACCUUUCCAGAAGUCACCAGCGGUUCAGUGAGCUGACUAGGCCGGUCCCAACGAUACAUUCAACCUCAUCGACCCUUCAGCUCCCGCCUAUGGUACCAACGCCUCAAAGUCGGCCAACCAGCCUUAUCCCAGAGACACUACAGGAGAGCCAGGCGGAGUGUCUGAGCAAUUGCCUGUUGAGUACCCAAACCGAGGAUGAGUCGGACAGGGAAGCCGAGAGUAUUCAAAGCACGGUACAGCUACGGGACAAGCCCGAACGUAACCCCAAGGAAGAUGGGUCGUGGAGAAGACACUUGAGCCUUGACAUUGAUCCUCUUAUGCUCAUGUCUUCCACAACAGCUGCCUCGCUACAGGUCGAGCGUGGGCUCGGUAAGUCUCUUUCCGCUCAGAACCUCAUGCUACCGACUGCUACCAACUGCCAUCCCAGCCUGUCCACUCGGAGCAGCGGCAGCAGCAACAACGAGUCCAGCGACCGCGAGCCGCUGGCUGACUGGGGCGAUACGGAGCUCUUUGUCAAUGACAAAGAGGUGGACACCACGGAGGGUGACCGUUACCACCUCCACCAACAAAGCCACGAUACAACCUUCUCUUCUGAGCUGCUACGGACAGGAGCCAGUGGGCCGUCUUCCAGCCAGGCUGGACCAAGAGAUGGUCUUGAGUCCCAUAACUUGCCUCACGUAUGCCUCGAAUAACCCCCGGAGCACAGAAACCUCACUGUGGAGACUGGACACAACCUCAUGUCACUCAUGUGAUUAUUUUCCAAAGGAAAUGGAGUGUCCUGUACGCUCUAUGUGUUUUCAAAUUUUCACAGGAAGAUGACAUGCUGUUCAUACGUUUAUGUUCAUACGUACAUAUCAAUGCAUGGUCAAUUUAUCAAAAAAGAGAAUUUAUAUUAACAAGAAACUGUUGUGGAAAAUAUAUUCUGUGUUCAAUAUACAUUAAGCUCAAUUGACAGGUUUGUGACAUAAUACUUAUUACCUCUGUAAACACCAUAAAUGACUGAAAAAUGUGUGAAUUUAACCAUAUGAAGGAAUCUUAUAAUCAAGGAAGCUUAUAAUUUUAUAAACUUACAUUUCUGCUUUUAAAUCAUCCAAAAUUUGGCCCCAUUCAUUUUCACUGUGAGUGCAUCACCCUAACCCAUAUACUGUAUAUGCAUUUUUUUUUUUGUUAAUUAAUAUUAUGCCAUGAAUGCUGUUGGUUGAGCAUAACUUGUAUUGAACCUAUAAAAUUCCUUUAAAAUAAUGAAGGGUUAUGGUACUGAAUGAGCCUUGCAUGGGAUCGGCAUGUGUAAAAUGCAACAGCAAAUAAAAUUGGAAGUGUAUAUGCACCUGUAGUAAUAAUCCCUCACUCAGCGUUAGGAUUUAUUUCUCACUUCCUUUUGAAUGUUUGGAAGUCCACUCAUUUGCAUGUGUUAAGAAAUUGUAGGGGGAAUAACAGAAAAAAACAGAUGGUCUUGGUCCAAAACCACGUUAAUCUGUGAUACUAUGCAAACCUCAGCAAAUCAAGCAGGUUUUGCAAGCAACUCCAGAAGAAACUCAGAAACAAAUGCAUCUUCACAGUAUAGCCUGCACAGAGAUAUGCUUUCUUAAUCUGACUAUGUCCUUUAAAGCCUGAGAAUCUUAGCAUCUGAAGAAAGCUGAAUGUUUUCACUAAAGAGAUGAUGUGUUUAGGUGUGAUGUCUUGUGAGGAGGUAUUUGUGACAAUCAGGCUUUUUUAAAAGCACUGAUUUCUGAUUUUUCUAAUUCCAAGUCCUCAUAUGGAUGUUUGGCUGCUAAAAUGUAUAAAGAAUCAUUUUCAUCAUGACAAUAAAUCACACUUGCAAUAUCAUAACUAAUGAUUGUAAUUAAAUUUUACAUGUAUUUUGAUUGCUUUGUAACCUGCAUCUAUAUAAUCAGAAGUUAUCUUUGUCAAAUUUUUAUUGGAAUUGCGGCAAUAUCUAAUUUCUGUUGUAUUUUCUGAAUUUUUUAUUUUUUUUUAUUCUGUAGCAAGCAGGCAUCUUAUACCUAAACCUCAGCUUUGUAACCUCUGUUUUACAUUUUUUAAUUCCAUGCUUCUGAAUGGUACAAUAAGUGCUUUAACUAAAAUGCUUGUCUGUACAACUUAGAAUGUAAAGUGUAUCAUUAUGUGUAUGCAGACUUACCAUGAUUAACUGUUACAUUUGUUUGUUCGUUUUUGUUUUUAUUCUUUUGUUAAAAACAUCUGAGGUGUACAUUGAGGAUGUUUUUGGCACUGUACAAUUGGAAGCAAAACUGUUCAGAUGUGUAGAGGAAACCUGCAAAUGUGAUGAAUUGAUUUAACACGAAUAUGCUUUAAAUAAGAUUUAUAAUCCAGAGAUAGUUGAGAUGCUUAUUUUGCUCUAGAGUAGAGGUAUAUAAUAUAGGCACCUGAGAAUUUAAUUGAGAAAAUGUCAACAGCUGUGGAACUAAUUGAUGCUUGAAAUGCAGAAAAAGGGUUGUACAGAAAUAUAGUCUUCUUAACACAUUAUGAUUAAUAAUACUACUAUUGUUAUUGCUUUUCUGAAAGUUUUAAUUUGUAAUUCAAUGUUUUACGGUGCCUUUUUGCAUUUUAUUAAACAUUUAUACAACUUCUGUAUUCGCAGUACCUUGAACUCCUAUUGAAAUUGUUAUAUUUGACAAUUGCACAUUCUGUGUUUGGCUGUGAACUUAAAGCGUCUGUCAGUUUAAGCAGCAUUUCUUUGUUUUACCACUAGAUCAAAUAAUUUAUUACACAGAAACUGGCCUUAUAUACAUGCUUGAUAAUGUUAGCGUUCUCUGUCAUUCAGAAUAAUUUAUUUCAUCAUUGUGCACAUAACAGAGUUGAUGCUCUGGGAUUGAAAAAUGCAAAAUGAAAAUUUAUGAUCAUCAUAAUACUUAAAUAAACAAAAUACUUGAAA